UCCCUAUAUAUAUAUGUGUGUGUGUGUGUGUGUGUGCGUGUGUGUGCUCAUGCUCAUCAUAUACAUAACAUGACCCUGCUCUCUAGCUAGUCUUCAUCAUUCAUUCUCCCUCUGUGUCUUCUCUCUCCCUCACACAGUCACAGCCUUUGUGUUUGUGGACUGGGGAUUUAAUUUUCUGAGAGAGAUCAAGAAAGGCAAAAUAUUCAAUCAUGGAGACAAGGGAAAGGGAACGGGAAAGGUCCUUAUCAUCUGACUUCAAGGUGGCCCCAGUCGAUGCAUUGGAGAAUCGAGAAGAGAGCACGAGCGCAAAAACCAUAGACGGCUCCCUUGACAGGCUCGGCAGACCCGCCACAAAAGGCCGGACAGGCGGGUGGCGAUGUGCCAUCAUGAUAUUAGUGAAUCAAGGCCUGGUCACAAUGGCGUUUGCCGGAGUCGAGGUGAACUUGGUGCUGUUCUCGAAAUCAGUGCUGAGGCAGACCAAUGCAGAGGCAGCCGACACGUUCAGUCGGUGGCUCGGGAGCGUGUACCUCUGCUCUUUGAUCGGGGCCUUCCUCAGCGACUCCUACUUGGGCAGGUUCAGAACUUGUGUCAUCUUUCAGGUCGUCUUCGCCAUUGGAUUGCUAGCAACAUCCCUCUGCACACACCUGUUCCUGCUCAAGCCUCCAGGGUGUGGUAAAAUCGGGGAGCUUUGCGAGCCACAUACUCCCCUCGAAGUGGCGCUGUUCUACAUCUCAAUAUACCUCAUCGCCAUCGGGAAUGGGGCCCCUGAACCUUCACUGGCUGCCCUCGGGGCAGACCAGUUCGAUGGGGAGGAUCCCGAUGAGAAGCAGUCCAAAUCCUCGUUCUACAGUUACUUUUACGUCUCGCUCAACCUGGGAAGCUUGGUUGCUGAGACGGUGCUCGUAUACAUCGAGAGCAUGGGGCACUGGGUGGUUGUAUUUUGGAUGUGCACCGGUUUUUGUAUGGCUGCGUACGCGUUGUUGUUGAGCCAAAUGACAAGGUACCGGCAUUUCAAGCCAAUGGGGAAUCCAUUCUCGAGGUUCAGUCAGGUGAUCUUCGCUUCCUUUCGCAAGAUGAAGCUCGAAGUUCCUGCGGACAGUGAAGGGCUGUACGAGCUUCAUGGAUGGGAAAGAGAAGGAACUGCUUCGAGGAAGAUCCGCCACACCAAUGGUCUCAAGUUUCUCGAUCGAGCAGCUAUCAUAUCUGAAGCGGACAGGAAGAAUAUCCGCAACCGAGGGCAAAAAGCAGACCCAUGGCGCCUUUGUACGAUCACGCAAGUCGAAGAGGUGAAGUGCAUUCUGAGGCUAUUACCAAUCUGGCUCUGCACAAUCCUGUCGUCCGUGGUGUUCAUUCAGAUGCUCUCCUUGUUCGUCGAGCAGGGGGCAGCUAUGGACACGAGGGCAUUUUCGAACUUUCACAUCCCUCCAGCGAGCAUGACCGCCUUCGACAUUGUGAGCACCUCCGCCUUCAUCAUCCUGUACGACAAGCUCAUUGUCCCUUUUUUUGUGAAAGUCACCAAAAGGGAGCCGCAGCCACCGAGUGAGCUCAAGAGGAUUGGUAUUGGGCUGGGGAUUGCAGUGGCAGCCAUGAUCCUUGCCGGGCUCGUGGAGCAGCGAAGAUUGGCCUUCGCAAGCGAUAACGGGAAGGAGAAGAGCUCUCUCAGCAUAUUUUGGCAGACUCCCCAGUACGUGCUUGUGGGGGUCUCGGAAGCAUUCGUGUACGUGGCCCAGAUGGAGUUCUUCUCGUCCCAGUCUCCGGACGGGCUGAAGAGCAUCGGUAUUGGGUUGUCCAUGUCGUCCACAGCCACAGGAUGCUAUGUCUGCAGCAUUAUCCUAUCUGUGGUUACAGAAGUGACCUCUAAGAACGGGAAGCCCGGGUGGGUCCCUCCGAACCUGAACGACGGCCAUUUAGACCGGUUUUUCUUUCUAUCAGCCGCCCUCACGGCCGUAAAUUUAGUUUUUUUCAUAAUAUGUGCGAAGCGGUAUAAAUCGAUAUCGCUCGAAAAACUAGAAGAGGAUACUGAAACAGCUUAA